GCGGCUCCGCCGCGUUCUCCCCAGCUCCGCCUCCCUUCCCCUUCUUCCCAAGCCCGCACCCUCCCCGCUCGCUCGCUCGCGCAGGCGCACCGAGAGAAAGGCUAAAAUCCUAGCGCGAGGGGGCGAGCGAAGCCGGCGGGGUUCGCGAUGACGGCGCCGGCGGACAAGGGGAAGAAGGCCAAGAUCGACGCGGAGGGCGGCGAGGAGAACGAGCAGAUCGACGGCGCCCUCGUUCUCUCCAUCGAGAAGCUCCAGGAGAUCCAGGACGAGCUCGAGAAGGUGAAUGAGGAAGCAAGUGACAAGGUUAUGGAGGUGGAGCAGAAAUACAGUGAGAUCCGCAGACCUGUCUAUCUGCGGAGGGGUGACAUUAUCAAAUCAAUUCCAGACUUCUGGUUGACCGCGUUUCUGAGUCAUCCUCUACUCAGCGAGCUUUUGACUGAAGAGGAUCAGAAGAUAUUCAAGUACUUGGACUCUGUUGAUGUGGAUGAUUCUGAUGUCAAGUCAGGCUACUCUAUUUAUCUUAACUUCUCUGAGAACCCGUACUUUGAAGACACAAAGCUUACGAAGACCUAUUCCUUUGCUGAUGAUGGAACAACCACAAUAAAAGCUUCUUCUAUUAAGUGGAAAGAAGGAAUGGGACCAGCAAAUGGGAAUGGUAUUACCAAGAAUGGAAGGAAGCGUCCAUUAAUUGAGGAAAGUUUCUUCACCUGGUUUGGUGAUACGGAGCACAAGAGUCUCGCUGAUGGGGUGCAAGAUGAGGUGGCAGAGAUCAUCAAAGAAGACCUGUGGCCUAAUCCUUUGAAGUACUUCAACAAUGAGGUUGAAGAAGACUUUGAAGGAGAAGACGACGAUGACGAUUUGGAAUGUGAGGAGGGUGAAGAGGAGGAAGACGAGGAGAACUGAGCCCUUGACACGGAUCUGGAUGGCUCUCAAUCAGCAUGCCAGCGUUUGGUGGAGGCUGUGGCUCUGGAGGGCGAAAUUAUGCGACCCUUUUGCGAGUUUUUUUAUUGUUUGACUUAGCUGGAACUCACAGUAGGGAACUGUUUAAUGCCUUAUGAAGUCAACCAACUUGAAGGAGACGGCUAUAUGAUAAUCUGGGUAUAUCUAUGGAGACAAUUUGACCUGCUGA